UCAAGUGUUUCCGUUAAAGGACUAGCUAGCGAAUAUCACGAAGGGCAGUUUAUGAGUUUAUGUCUGGGAGGUUUCUGGGUUCACCUCAGCCGAACAGCUAGCGUCUCGUAUUUCAAAGCGGAACUCAAGUUGACUUUGAGUGUUUGUUUCCACACGAACAAAUAGUCGCGUUUAUCUAUACGUAGCGGAGAUGGCAGCCCUCCGAUCGGUGAGUUCAUUGAGCGAUGCACUCCAUGGACGACUUGUCCAGGCCCUCCCCUUCUCCUUUGGCUCUCUGCGGUUUGCUAGCUCCUUUAAGGCAGCAGAUCUCGUCAUUGAACGCAACACAGCAUGCAAGCCGAAGCCCGACCCCUCCACCUUGGUGUUCGGCAAACACUUCUCCGACCACAUGUUGACCAUCAACUGGUCGGAGAAGGGCGGCUGGGAGUCUCCACAGAUCAAACCUUUCCAGAACCUGUCGCUGCACCCGGCCAGCUCCGCCCUGCACUACUCCAUAGAGCUGUUUGAAGGCAUGAAGGCGUUCCGUGGAGUCGACAACCACGUCCGUCUGUUCAGACCAAUGCUGAACAUGGAGAGGAUGCAUCGGAGCGCCGACAGAAGCUGCCUUCCUCUGUUUGAUAAAGAUGAACUGCUGGAGUGCAUCAGGAAGCUGGUGGAGGUGGACCAGGAGUGGGUUCCUUCCUCCCAGGACACCAGCCUCUACAUCAGACCCACCUUCAUAGGAAUAGAGCCGUCCCUCGGUGUGUCUCGGGCAGGACAUGCUAUGAUCUUUGUCAUCAUCGGCCCAGUGGGACCAUACUUCGCAACCGGGUCCUUCAACCCGGUUUCUCUGCUGGCGGACCCUUCGUUUGUCAGGGCUUGGCAAGGAGGCGUCGGAGCCUAUAAGAUGGGAGGUAACUACGGUCCCACGAUAGCAGUGCAGAACGAGGCGGUGAAGCGGGGCUGCCAGCAGGUCCUGUGGCUGUAUGGUGAGCAGGAGGAGAUCACCGAGGUCGGCACCAUGAACCUCUUCAUCUACUGGACCAACGACAAAGGAGAGAGAGAGUUGUUGACCCCUCCUCUGGAUGGCAUGAUUCUCCCAGGAGUCACCAGACAAUCUCUGCUGGACCUGGCCAGAACCUGGGGUGAGUUUAAGGUGACUGAGCGCACGAUGGGCAUGAAGGAGCUGCUGGGGGCUCUGGAUGCCGGGAGGGUCCUGGAGGUGUUUGGGGCAGGGACGGCCUGCGUCGUGUGUCCUGUCGGCAGCCUCCUCUACCGAGGAAAGACGUACCAGAUCCCGACUAUGCAGAACGGUCCGGACCUGGCAAAGAGGUUCUACAAAGAGCUUACUGAUAUUCAGUACGGACGCAGACCAAGCGAAUGGGCACCACUGGUCAUUUAAACGGCCGUAUUGCACAUGCCAGUUGUAUCAACAGUUAGUCCCAUAUGACUCCAGUUUGGAAGACCAGCAGCUCCCCCCCGCCCCCCAACCCUCAUACACUCUCAACCCACUAAUGCACUCCUGCUCACUUACAAACCGAGGAGACGGACGCCUCUCUCGAACAACAAUAUGCAAUGUUUUAACUGGACACAACUCUUAACCUUGAGGUAUGUACGGCAAAGCGGGAAAACAGCUCUCAUUAGACGGAGAUAAACAACCAGAUGAUAAAACCGCAGGGAUGUGAUGUGGCUGCUGGUGAUAUGCUGUAUAUUAGACUAACACAAGCACAUUUAAAUCUCAAAUCUAAUUCAAUUUGCAUAAUCACAUCAUUCAAGUUUUUGUCCUUAUAGUCACUUGGAUUAAUUCCUUGUGAGGAGGGCAUUGCUUAUAGUUAUUAGCACAAACAUUCAUUUUCAUCACAUUAACAAAAAAAGGCACAAACUGACAUAUUUCCAUCAUAGAAGGUGAUAUUUGCAAUAUUAAAGCAGCUACAUAUUCAGUGUGUAGGACAGUUAACCUGUUGGCAGCACGCAAUCUGUAUGUGCUGUUUUAUUAAAAUGUAUUUCACAACAGGAUAUAACGUAUAUAUUAACAAUAACCUGUACUACUUGCGACAACCUGUGGCGUUUUCUCCCCAACCUUUUAACUGUUAGGUGUGACCUGUAAACGCAUCACAGGAUGAUGUUUUGUUACUGUUGUGUACAUAAUGAUCUGAGAGAGUAUACGCUGUUAGUUUUCCAUGGGGCCACGUCACUUUGACACCAGUGUUUGCACUGACUUUAGUUUAAUGUCAGGUUUGUAUCUUUGAGUGUGACUCAGCUUUUUAGGGAGGAAUCAAUGAGCGGGUUUUAUUUUUGUUGGUUUAGUCUGUGGAGAAGACGACUCGCACAAAAACUAAAGAUUAAGAAGGUCUGAUGGUAGGACGACACGCUGUAGAAGAGAAGGACUGUUACAUGCUGCCAGUUACUCCUGCACUAGUUUGUGUGUAAUUAUUAUAACAAACAAUGUAACAAGUAGCGUUGUUAUUUUGGAGGUUUUUAAAUUAUAUUUUCCCUCGUUUUGAUGUGAAAAUUGGCUGUCUUCCAAAAGCACUUGACUCGUCAGUGUUUUACUGCAUUCUGGGCUUCAUGUCCUUCCCUCUCUGGUUUUCCUCACUUUGAAUGUAUUUUCUUUUUGACACGCAUACUGUACACCUGUCCCCCUCUUCUGUCUAAGUGCCUGACCUCUGUCUGUUAGCUUGUUCUGUGGAUCUUCAGCUGCUGUUUUGUUUUUUCCAGUUUGUGCACUAGGGGAUGUAGCUGGAUUCUUUUGUCGGUUUAGUUAGUAAAUGUGCUGUUACUUUUACUCGGCUGUAAUGUUUUUACAAUAAACCUGAUCGGAGUUCAGUC